AUGACGCGCAGUCUUCGCGGCAAGAUAGACAACUUGUACCUCAAAUGGAGUGCACAGAUGCAGCCAAGUGAUAUUCUGUACGAGCUUGUUGGCAACAAGGAACAUGCUCGUGCUCUCUUCCACGGUCUGAAACGUCAGGUCAAGUCCAUCCGCCAGCGAUCACAGAGUUCCGAGGAGGGCCAGAUCACGAUCUACGAUGCUGCUCUUGUUCGUCUCUAUGAUAACGGGCACACCAUGCAGGACUAUGGUCUUCUUGAAUUCUACCUAGCUGAGUUCCUAGGUACUAAGCACUGUGGCUCUGAUGGGGAGACAAACGCCGUCAUUGCUGCUCAUCUCGCUGCCCAGCGCAUCCUAGACAAUGGCCCACUUUCAAAAAUUCCUGAUGUUGCGACGGAGACUGUUAAAAAGGAAGAAACUGAAGGCAUCGAUCGCGAUCUUUCCAACAUCCCGACUAGCGAUUCGACUCGAGACUGCGACAAUCACAAGCCUCCUCACCUUGACAAGCUUAUCGAAACAUACCAGAAGGCAAAAGAUGACUACUACAUCCUCGAGGUGACUGAAAGUCACGGCAAGCAAACCAACAACGUCCGCUUUCUCCGCGAUACCGCCGAAAACUUGUUGCGAUACCUUGAGUCCAUUGAUAAAGACCACGAGAUGAUACAGGAGCUCCAGGACAUUGUUAAAUCCAGCCAGGCCCAUGCAAACGAACUCGCCGGUGGUCGCAAGCGCAAGUUCGAGCGCGGAGCCAGCGGUUCUAGGGGAAGUCCUAGUCCUAGCCCUUACCGACCCUAUGGAUACUAUGGAGAGAGCUACGGAGGUUAUGACCGACAUACCCGCUGGGACCGAUAUGUUCCUAGCCAUUCCUUCGACUCAUACCGCCCCUAG